AUGGAUACCCGAGUAAGAUGGAAAGUUAAACGGAGGAUAAGGGACGCCCAAAUCACUUUAGCGGUGAUUCUGCUUUUUGUCACGUCGCACGCAAGUUCAGCAGAACCAGCAGACCUCUUGAAGAUUUUAGAUUUUCACAGUUUACCCGAGGGUGUUACAAAAACAACGGGUUUCUGCUCAAAUAGAAGGUCAACACAAGGCCCCGAUGUGGCUUACAGAGUAUCCGAAAGCGCCCAGCUCAGUGCCCCCACCAAACAAUUGUACCCAGGUGAUGUCUUCCCUGAGGAUUUUUCCAUCUUGGCCACAGUGAAGCCUAAGAAGGGCAGCCAGUCCUUCCUCUUGUCUGUGUACAAUGAGCAGGGCAUCCAGCAGCUCGGACUAGAAGUGGGCCGUUCUCCUGUGUUCCUGUAUGAGGACCACACAGGCAAACCCAGUCCCGAGGACUACCCCCUUUUCAGAGGAGUCAACCUAGCCGAUGGAAAGUGGCAUCGAGUGGCCAUCAGUGUGCACAAGCAGACCAUCACCCUCAUUCUGGACUGUAAAAAGAAGACCACCCAGAAGCUGCUCAGGAGCCCCCACCCCAUCAUUGAUACCAAAGGAAUUAUCGUGUUUGGAACUAGAAUACUUGAUGAAGAAGUCUUUGAGGGAGACAUCCAGCAGCUAAUGAUUGUAGCAGACCAUCGUGCUGCCUAUGACUACUGUGCGCACUAUAGCCCCGAUUGUGAAGUGCCAGUGCCGGACCAGCCACAGAACCAGGAUCCUAACGAGGAGAGCUACUAUUAUGAAUACCCUUAUUAUGAUGACGAUGACGGCAAGCCCUUUGAAACCAUUACGGAUUCUAGCACUAUCGUAAAAGAAACCAAGGUGAUAGAUGGAGCCACUUCAUUGGGCGGCGCCAGCUCCGUUGCCACCAGCUCAUCAUCGGGCACAUCCUCCAGCUCAUCCAGCAGCUCUUCAUCCAGCAGCUCGUCAAGUACUGCCACCGGAGGGGACGACUCAUACACAGAGGAGACGAGUCCUUACGACGAUUUAUAUGGCAACUACGAUACCUACUACGACGAGUCCACGAGUCCACCUGCGGUCGACAGUUCUCGACGUGUCACCAUCAACAGCGUCGGCACCGGAGGUGAACUGGACUUGGGAGCAGGAACGAGAGUUGACUUGGGAACUGGGACUGGAAUCGAGAGUAAAGUGAUCAGCACCGGUGGAGGAACUUCUAUAACAAUCACCAGAAAUAAAACAACAGGUGGAAGUUCUUACAGUGACUAUGAUGAUGGGUAUGACUAUGGAGUGGACUACUACACUACCGGUGGUGGUGGUGGAGGAAGCAGCAGCUCUACAGUUCAAGUUGGUGCUGGUGGUGGAGGCAGCAGCAGCUCUACAGUUCAAAUUAGUGGUGGUGGUGGAGGCAGCAGCAGCUCUACGGUUCAAAUUGGUGGUGGAGGCAGCAGCAGCUCUACGGUUGUAGUUGGUGGAGGAAGCAGCAGCAGCUCUACGGUUCAAGUUGGUGGAGGAGGCAGCAGCAGCAGCUCUACCUUGACGAUAGGUGGCGGGUCAACCGGAGGAGGCUCCGUAUCUGUCAGUGGUGGCUCUGUUUCGGUAGGAGGUGGUUCCGUAUCCGUGGGGGGAUCCUCCUCUGGAGGUGGUUCAGUUUCUGGCGGUGCCACUGCUACCGGGACUGGCCUUGGUGUGGACGGCAACGGUGACUACCCGGAUCUGGAUAAAUUCAAGGAAGAGGACAUCACAGACUACGGAGAUUUAGAUGCCUACGAUGAAUAUGGAGAUUACUCCGACAAAGUGCUGCCUGCCGAGACCGAUGAGUACUACGGACAGGUCGACGGAGCUCGUGGGGAAAAAGGACAGAAGGGAGAGCCUGCUGUUAUCGAGCCUGGAAUGCUAGUUGAGGGUCCAGCUGGGCCUGAGGGGCCAACAGGUCUGCCUGGACCCCCUGGUGCUUCCGGCCCUCCAGGCAGCCCUGGAGAUCUUGGAGAGAGGGGUCUUCCAGGUCGUCCUGGUCUUCCUGGUGCUGAUGGUCUGCCAGGACCCCCUGGAACUGUCUUGAUGCUGCCUUUUAGAUUCAGCGCCGGAGGGGACUCUGGACAGAAGGGACCUGCUGUUUCAGCACAAGAGGCCCAGAUGCAAGCCAUCAUGCAGCAGGCCAGGCUGGCUAUGCGUGGUCCCACGGGUCCAAUGGGUAUGACUGGAAGACCUGGACCUCUGGGUCCUCCUGGUGUAUCAGGAUUGAAGGGAGAGUCUGGAGAGGGGGGACCUCAGGGACCACGUGGACCUCUGGGAUCUCCUGGACCCCCUGGAAAGCCUGGCAGACGGGGUCGUUCCGGAGCCGACGGUGCCAGGGGAAUGCCCGGACAGACCGGACCCAAGGGAGACAGAGGGUUUGACGGUCUGGCUGGACUUCCUGGUGAAAAAGGACACAGAGGUGAACCUGGUCCCCAUGGACCUCCUGGUGGUCCUGGAGAGGAUGGAGAAAGGGGAGACGAUGGAGAAAUCGGACCCAGGGGACUUCCUGGUGAACCAGGGCCCCGAGGUUUGCUGGGACCAAAAGGACCUCAGGGACCACCUGGACCACCUGGUGUUACUGGAAUGGACGGUCAACCUGGACCCAAAGGAAACAUAGGACCUCAAGGAGAGCCAGGUCCUCCUGGACAGCAAGGAAACCCAGGUGCCCAAGGACUUCCCGGACCCCAAGGAGCGAUUGGACCCCCAGGAGAGAAGGGUCCAACUGGAAAGCCAGGUUUGCCAGGAAUGCCAGGGGCUGAUGGCCCACCGGGUCAUCCCGGAAAAGAGGGUCCUCCUGGAGAGAAAGGACACAUGGGCCCCUCUGGCCCUCAAGGCCCCAUUGGUUAUCCUGGACCUCGAGGCGUAAAGGGAGCCGAUGGUGUUCGUGGCCUCAAGGGAACCAAGGGUGAAAAGGGCGAAGAUGGCUUCCCUGGCUUCAAGGGAGACAUGGGUAUCAAGGGAGACAGGAACUUGGACCAGCUGGACCCAGAGGUGAGGAUGGUCCUGAGGGGCCAAAGGGUCGCUCAGGCCUUCCAGGAGACGCUGGUCCGCUCGGGCCCAACGGAGAGAAGGGUAAACUUGGAGUUCCAGGACUGCCAGGAUAUCCAGGAAGACAAGGACCAAAGGCAAGGAUCUCAGGGCUUCCAAGGUUUCCCUGGAGCCAAUGGAGAGAAAGGCACUCGGGGAACAGGAGGAAAGCCAGGCCCACGUGGACAGAGAGGACCAACGGGACCCCGAGGAGAGAGGGGGCCAAGAGGACCAACAGGAAAAAAUGGACCAAAAGGUAACUCAGGAAACGAUGGCCCCCCAGGACCUCCUGGUGAGAGGGGUUUGCCAGGACCUCAGGGACCAACAGGCUUCCCAGGACCAAAGGGCCCUCCUGGAAAGAUGGGCUGCCCGGACAUCCUGGACAGAGAGGAGAAACUGGACCAACAGGUGAAACUGGGCCAAUGGGCGAUCGGGGUCACCCUGGACCCCCAGGCCCACCUGGUGAGCAGGGUCUUCCUGGAGCAGCUGGAAAAGAGGGAGCUAAGGGUGACCCUGGUCCUGCUGGCCCAGCUGGCAAAGAUGGCCCUCCUGGGCCAAGAGGUUUCCCUGGAGAGAGAGGUCUUCCUGGCCCUGUGGGCUCUCCUGGUGAGCGUGGUCCUGCUGGACCAGCAGGACCUACAGGUAUGCCUGGACGUUCUGGCCCUCAAGGACCUCCGGGCCCUGCUGGAGAGAAAGGUGGACCGGGAGAGAAAGGACCUCAAGGCCCAGCUGGAAGAGAUGGUGUUCAGGGACCCGUUGGUCUACCCGGACCUGGAGGACCUCCUGGGCCACCAGGAGAGGACGGAGACAAGGGGGAGCUUGGAGAGCCAGGACAGAAAGGAAGUAAAGGUGACAAAGGAGAACAUGGUCCGCCUGGUCCUACUGGCCCUCAAGGACCUGUUGGAGCACCGGGUCCUGCUGGUGCAGAUGGUGAGCCGGGUCCCAGAGGCCAGCAGGGUAUGUUUGGCCAGAAGGGAGAUGAAGGGUCAAGAGGCUUCCCAGGACCUCCAGGCCCAGUUGGACUGCAGGGCUUGCCCGGUCCACCUGGUGAGAAAGGUGAAACAGGAGACGUCGGGUCCACCUGGUCCCCCUGGUCCCCGCGGUCCCUCUGGACCCCCAGGAGCAGACGGCCCUCAGGGCCCACCUGGUGGUGUAGGAAACCCUGGCCCUGUGGGAGAAAAGAUUCUGGUGAAACAGGAGAGCCCGGACUUCAGGGAGAAGUUGGCCCACCUGGUCCAAGAGGAGAGCGUGGAGAAAAGGGAGAAGGUGGUCCUGCUGGUGCUGCUGGACCUCCUGGCCCUAAAGGUCCCCCUGGGGAUGACGGUCCCAAAGGCAGUCCAGGUCCAAGUGGUUUCCCUGGUGACCCCGGUCCACCUGGAGAGCCUGGGUUUAGACGGUCCAGCGGGUGACAAGGGAGAUGAUGGAGAGGCUGGUCAGCCUGGUUCACCUGGUCCCACUGGAGAGUCUGGUCCCUCAGGACCACCAGGAAAGAGGGGGCCACCUGGAGCAUCAGGACCAGAGGGAAGGCAAGGAGAAAAGGGAGCCAAGGGAGAGUCUGGAUUGGAGGGUCCUCAAGGAAAGACAGGCCCUGUUGGCCCUCAAGGAUCCCCUGGCAAGCCUGGUUCAGAAGGACUCAGGGGCAUUCCUGGUGCUGUUGGAGAGCAAGGACUUCCUGGUUCUCCAGGCCCAGAUGGACCCCCUGGACCCAUGGGCCCUCCUGGAUUACCCGGCUUAAAAGGAGACUCUGGUGUCAAAGGAGAAAAAGGCCAUCCGGGUCUCAUUGGUCUUAUUGGCCCCCCAGGUGAACAGGGAGAGAAGGGUGACAGAGGUCUUCCAGGCCCUCCGGGAUCAUCAGGCCCCAAAGGAGACAAUGGUAUUGCUGGUCCUACAGGUCCCCUUGGUCCCGUUGGCCCUCCUGGUUUACCUGGUCCUCCAGGUCCCAAAGGAGCCAAAGGAUCAUCUGGUCAAACUGGACCAAAAGGAGAGACUGGAACACCUGGACUCCCUGGGCCACCUGGUCCUCCUGGCGAUGUCAUCCACCCACUUCCAAUCAUGUCCUCCGUCAAGGGAAGAACACGUAGGAAUAUUGACGCUAGCCAAAUGAUGGAUGAUGCAGCUGUGGACGCCAACUAUAAGGACUAUGACGAUGGCAUGGAGGAAAUCUUUGGCUCGCUCAACUCACUUAAACUUGAGAUCGAACAAAUGAAGCACCCACUGGGUACUCAGAGCAACCCUGCUCGUACCUGCAAGGACCUCCAACUCUGCCACCCUGAUUUCCCCGAUGGUGAAUACUGGAUUGAUCCGAACCAGGGCUGCUCGCGGGACUCCUUCAAGGUUUACUGCAACUUCACAGCAGGUGGAGAGAGCUGCAUCUUCCCAGAUAAAAAAUCAGAAGGGGCUAGGCUCACAUCCUGGGUAAAGGAGAAUCCCGGUUCCUGGUUCAGUGAAUUCAAACGUGGUAAACUGAGCAAAAUGGCAAAAUGGCCCAAAGACUCGCCAGGCACAUGGUAUAGUCACUACAAGAGAGGUUCCCUGCUUUCCUACGUGGACGCAGAGGGCAACCCCAUCGGCGUGGUCCAGAUGACUUUCCUGCGGUUGCUGAGUGCAGCCGCCCGGCAGAAUAUGACAUACAACUGCUACCAGUCAGUGGCCUGGCACGACCAGGACCAGGACAACCACGACAAGGCCAUUCGCUUCCUGGGAUCCAACGAUGAGGAGAUGUCCUAUGAUAACAACCCCUACAUCCGCCCCCUGGUCGAUGGCUGUGCGAUGAAAAAGGGCUAUGAAAAGACAGUACUUGAGAUCAACACGCCAAAGGUGGAACAGGUGCCUUUUGUGGACAUCAUGUUCAAUGAUUUUGGUGGCUCCACGCAGAAGUUCGGAUUCGAAGUGGGGCCUGUCUGUUUCAUCGGCUAA